AUGUACAGACGACAUCAAGCAAGUUCGGGCGCGUGGCGAGCACCCGCACCAGUGACUUCAUCACCACCACCUCCACUCGGAGACAUAAUUGAGCGCAUCACUCAAGACAGCCUCAAGAGCAAUUGCGACCACGCAGAGGUUGAGAACGUCAAAGUUGUCGCGUCUUACAAUUGGAUCAGCUCAUCUUCUCCCGAAAUCAUCAUCCCAGGUCAACCUCCAAGAUGGACACCUCCCAAGGGCCCAAGCAAGCUACCCGGUGACUCUGGCGAGUACUAUCGGGAUGUCAACGCAGCAGCUUACCCCAAGCAUCCCCUUGAACCUGCUAUUGUCUCUGUAAUGAAGAUGAAUCCCAGUCCCAUCCCGGUCAACAUCGUUGCAUGUGGAAGCACGAUUGGAAAUCUCCUGCGCUUUGCUCGAGGAGUUGACCUGGAUCGCUCCUUUCGCAUCCUCGUCGAGAAAGUCGGCGAAACUGUACAUCUCAUUCGGAGAGAGAAUUCGCCGCGAGAGAAGAUUGAAGGUGUACGAGGAUUCGGGCAUACAUUCCCGGAGGCCUAUACUACCUGGGACUCUGCAGUCAAGCGCUCAACAUCACAUCAACGAAUCCUUUCGUAUCAAUUCGGUGGUCUUGAUCUGAUGGUGCGAUUCGAAGGCGAUGGCUACGUUUCGUCCAGUCCUGUCGCCAAGACUGUGAAGGGUCACGCUUUUGACGAAUUGGAAGGCCUCGGCAUUACUGAAUCGCUGUCAAACGGUACUGGCAAACUCAAAGUGUCAGAUAGAGGUGAAUCUGUCCCUCAAAGCAGUGUCUUCGACUUGAAGACGCGAUCAUUCAUGGCUCGUGAAAAAGAUCAUCUCGGCGAACAACUUCCACGCUUGUGGAUCGCUCAAGUCACGCAAUUCCUCCUCGCCUACCACGAAAGAGGCCUCUUCAGAGACUCAAACAUUGAGAUAAAGAAUGUAAAGGCCGACAUCACCGAGUGGCAGGAUCUCAACCAGCCAUCGCUCAAGCGUCUCGCUGCACUCCUGCGCCUCAUAAUUAACAAGGCCCACGCGUCAAAAGAUGGUAGAUUGGAGAUCGUAUGGUCCAACAGCGGUUCUCUCGAGAUUCGCAAACAGCUGUCGGAUGCAGGUGACGUCUUGUCUGAACCUGUCAGGAAGCAAUGGGAGGCUUGGUUGGGGAGUGAGAUCAAGAAUCCGGAGGACUCGGAGCGCGAGGAAGAGUUCAUGGCGGCGCAAUCGGAUAGUGACAGUGAUUAUGCUGCGUGUGAUCAAGAGUGCGGAUAUUGCGGAAAGUGUAUAUACUGA